AUGACUGACCAUUUUUCCGUUGCGUCCGGCGCUGUGGGUGUUGUCUCGCUCGGCUUGACCGUCUGUCAAGGACUUCUGCAAUACUACAGCUCGUGGAGGCAUGCUCAGAAAGAUGUCGACGCAAUGUGCGCUUCAUUGAAAGGACUUACCAAGACUUUCCGGCUAGUCAAAAUUACGAUAAAGGAUCGUAAGUUCAAUCAACCAGUCGUCGAUCGUGUUACUGCAAGCAUAGAUCUGUGCGAGACUGGCGUUGAUGAGCUCGAUGCAAAGCUACUAAAGGUUAAAAUGACUCCAGUCAAAGAGAAUGGAGACCAGAUUCAAGGGCAAUUCCGUCGAGCACUCUAUCCCUUUAGAGAGAGCACGCCCUUGAAGUUACGAGAGAUGAUUUCCGAUCUUCGAGACAAGCUGAGUCUUGCUAUCAGUACACUUCAACUUUUACACGUUUAUCUCAAGAACAUGACGAGCAAUCAAGACGCCGAAGACAGCUUAUCAUUAUUCAAUGGUUAUCGCCUUUGCAUCUCGGAGACAAACAAAAAGACACUCUUAACAGACGGCAAAAAGCAACCGGGAAUUAGCUACUAUGUGACACCUGUUUCACGGACUGGUUGGGAGGAAAAACGAGAACGUUGUGUUGGUUUUUACCAGGGAGAUCCUUCAUGGAGGGACAUAGGAGCUCGUAUGAAGAAGAACAUACUGCUCGCUUAUGCGGCGCAGAAUUGGGGCAACCAUGCGCGUAAAGCCCCGAGCCAUAACACAAUCCUCGAUGAGCUCGUUCUCGAAUUCCUCGGCCGUAGAGCCAAUUUGGUAUUCUCGACAGGAGUAAUUCGCCAUUUCUUGCUCGGCGUGGCUGCCCCGACGGACGGCACUGCUUUGAACGUUGCUGCUUUUUUUGGUUUGGAGAAGACGGUUCUGACGCUCCUGCGAGAAGGAUACAACGUCAACGCAGAGGAUUCCUGCGGAUGGACGGCAUUGCACGUAGCAGCUGGAACGGAGCAUGAAAACAUAGUGCAACUACUGCUGGAAAAGGAUUAG